UGUGUAGUAGUCUGAGUGGAUGAGUGUAGCAAACUAGCAGCAACGUUACUAGCUAGCGUACGCAGCUAACACUAGCCUGAUUAACAAUAACUGUUUGGUUUUGGAGAAUGUUUUGGAAACUUCUGCUUGUGACAGAAACCAACCACAACCAUGACUAGACGAAGUGGUCGCCUGCAGAAAAGAUCUGAAAAUGCUCCAAGGCAAAAAGGCAAAGCACCCAAACAAAGCAAUAGAAAAAAGGUUCAGCCCUUGUCAAAGCUGCAGUGUGAGAAGAACCAGCUGGUGUGUGAGGUUGUCACCGAUACUCCUGUUCUCAUCGAGACCUCUGAGAAGGGAGUCGAGGUCGACUGCAUGGAGUCCUCUUGUGAAGUUCUCGCCUCAGGAGAUUCUUUGGUUCGGCCGUCACCUCUGCCUCAUCUUGGGUGGGGAUCUUCUGAAGACGUCUGGGUGAAGAUGAUCAGCAAGGAGGAGAAUUACAGGCACAGCAAAAGCUUCAUGCAGAAGCACCCCAGCAUACAACCCAGAAUGAGAUCGAUCCUCCUCGACUGGUUAAUUGAGGUGAGUGAGGCCUAUACUCUCCACCGGCAGACCUUCUACCUGGCGCAGGACUACUUUGACCGGUUCAUGUUGACCCAGAGCAACAUAGAAAAGGGCAUGCUGCAGCUCAUCGGGAUAACUUGUCUUUUCAUAGCAUCAAAGAUGGAGGAAGCCUGUCCUCCAAAGCUCUCACAGAUGGCCUAUGUGACUGCAGGGACCUACUACGAAGAGGAGAUUCUUCAAAUGGAGUUGAUCAUUUUGAAGGCAUUGGGUUGGAACCUUUGUCCUGAAACUGCAGUGUCAUGGCUGAAGCUUUACUUCCAGAUGGCAUCGAUGAACAGCAACUCCGACCUGCUGGAGCCACAGUUUCCACAGGACGUUUACGAACAAAUAACACGUCUUUUGGAUCUGUGCAUCCUCCAUAUAAACUCUCUGGACUUUCAGUAUCGAGUGUUGGCUGCCUCAGUCCUGUCUCAUUUCAUUCAACCGGAAACAGUUGAAAAAGUUUCAGGUCUGUCGAAAGACGCCACCCAGCCGUGUGUUAACUGGAUGGCCCCCUUUGUGGAGUCGGUGGCCUGGUUUGGCAGAGCGACACAGAGGGAUUUUGCCAGAGUGAAGACAGAAGAUAAACACAACAUCCAGACUCACACAGACUACAUGACCAUGCUGGAAUACGCCAGUAAAAAUGAGGUCAGCAGCCAGUUCCCGACUCCUCCCAACAGCACGGAGAAGUCCUGCACACGCUAAACUACAAGAGGGACUCUGAAGUGUGUGUGGGGAUAAAAUAGGAUGCAGGUCCCAUAAGGACUGAGUGGUGUUUACCAGAGACGGCUCAUAGCCAGAGGAGGAAAAGGAUGCUAACUGGAAUACAGCGUCUGUGUGGGAGUUUAUUUCACCCUGCCGAUGUGAACUUUGUCACUGAAUGCAUUAUCCAGGGUAAUGUGCUUGUAUUUUAAAAAGUCUUACAUCUUG